AUGGAUUAUAACAGCGCGGAUUUCAAGGAGAUAUGGGGCAAGGCCGCCGACACCGCGCUGCUGGGACCGUACAACUACCUCGCCAACAACCGGGGCCACAACAUCAGAGAACACUUGAUCGCAGCGUUCGGAGCGGUUAUCAAGGUGGACAAGAGCGAUCUCGAGACCAUUUCGCACAUCACCAAGAUUUUGCAUAACUCGUCGCUGCUUGUUGAUGACGUGGAAGACAACUCGAUGCUCCGACGAGGCCUGCCGGCAGCCCAUUGUCUGUUUGGAGUCCCCCAAACCAUCAACUCCGCCAACUACAUGUACUUUGUGGCUCUGCAGGAGGUGCUCAAGCUCAAGUCUUAUGAUGCCGUCUCCAUUUUCACCGAGGAAAUGAUCAACUUGCAUAGAGGUCAGGGUAUGGAUCUCUACUGGAGAGAAACACUCACUUGCCCCUCGGAAGACGAGUAUCUGGAGAUGGUGGUGCACAAGACCGGUGGACUGUUUCGGCUGGCUCUGAGACUUAUGCUGUCGGUGGCAUCGAAACAGGAGGACCAUGAAAAGAUCAACUUUGAUCUCACACACCUUACCGACACACUGGGAGUCAUUUACCAGAUUCUGGAUGAUUACCUCAACCUGCAGUCCACGGAAUUGACCGAGAACAAGGGAUUCUGCGAAGAUAUCAGCGAAGGAAAGUUUUCGUUUCCGCUGAUUCACAGCAUACGCACCAACCCGGAUAACCACGAGAUUCUCAACAUUCUCAAACAGCGAACAAGCGACGCUUCACUCAAAAAGUACGCCGUGGACUACAUGAGAACAGAAACCAAGAGUUUCGACUACUGCCUCAAGAGGAUACAGGCCAUGUCACUCAAGGCAAGUUCGUACAUUGAUGAUCUAGCAGCAGCUGGCCACGAUGUCUCCAAGCUACGAGCCAUUUUGCAUUAUUUUGUGUCCACCUCUGACUGUGAGGAGAGAAAGUACUUUGAGGAUGCGCAGUGA